AUGGUAAGAUGCCUUUUACAAACCACAUUAAUUUCUAAACCAGCGAAAGGAAACCUACGUUCCUAGUCUUUAGAUACGAUGCGGUUUUUCUGUGGUCCAUUAGCUAUUUGAACAAAUGGCCCGUGCGUCAAAAAUAGGAAUGCAACGUUAGCUAAGUGAGAGGAUCUAAAUAAAAAAAAUCUGCCGUUUUCGUAGGAAAUAAUUAUUUCCAGGAAAAGAAACACGAAAACAUACCAUGCUAGCUAAGUGUUUUCUGUGAAAACCAAAAGGCUAAAAAUAAUCGCUUGUGUCACGUUGCCCAUGUUCAGUGUUUAUUUAGGUAGCUAGCUAUCUCGAUAGCUUGUUUGCCACACGUUUCACAUUGAGGACAGCGAGUAAGAGAGACUGCGCCUGCAAAGAGGACGUUAAUUAGUCCGUGUCCCCGCGCUCGCUCGUGGUCGUUCUUGUUUAAAAGCGAGUUUUCACGGGAUCAUAUCGAAGUUGUACAAAUUCGUUGUUAGCCAAUCGAGAGAUAAAGGAAAGAGUUUGGAAUGUCUGAUCAGCGAUAAUAACAUUUGAGUUGGUGUUCCAAUCACAGCGCUUAGCAAACGUACAGUAUGUAACUGUUACAAACUAGCCAGAUACCCAUUGGGAACGUCAUUUCAACGUGGACAUUUGGGUAAUAUUUGGUUGAGACAUUGAACAAUGAGAUUUCAACCUUUUAUUCACCCACUCAAAAUAAGUUUGUUGAAUCCCAAUGUGGUAUCACUUAGUCUUAUUAAUCGGGCUGUAAUACACAAUUAAUUGGUGUAUAUAGGUCCUGAGACAUUUAUGUGCAGAAUUGUGUAAAUGUUCCAUACAAGCCAGAAUGUUUAAUAAAAGUACAUUUAAACUUGCUCUACCGGUUGUCUGUGCGGUUUGUCCUUCUGCUGCUAGAAAAUUGAGACAAUAUCCGCUGACAGAAAAUUGAGACAAUAUCCACAGAGUAGUGUUAUUAGUGCUGAGCGAUUAACCAACAUUUCUGUUAUUUUCGGUUCAAUUAUUUGAAUUCCAUUUUGGUAGUUUUUUUCUGUGAGCUUAAUGCGCACAUUAUUAAACCGUUUAUCUAGAGAUAAAUCAGAUCCAGCCUGAACUGUGCAAUGUAGUAGAGAGUUGUAGUUUUCAACAGGCCAAUAUUCUACAUAGUUUAGUACAAAAAAAUGUGGUAAUUAACUAUAAUAGCUAGGUUUCCAUCCAACUGGCUACAGAUUUUCAUGCGAGUAUUCUAAAGUCUGCAUAAAGAAAAUAUGCACAUUUUCCCUCCAGUGUUGUGAUAGAGUUAUCAGAAACUGUGUUAAAUAGAAAAUGUGCCUACCCUGGUCUUGGCACAUGCGCUCUAGCCAACAGCUCGCAGAUACAGUGCGAGUAGGGAAGUCUACAUUAUGUGAUUGUUAUGGAUAAGAGCGAGUAUCAUUCAUCAUGUCACCAGAAUAAGACCCUUGAUAUUUAUUGGAAAGGAGCAUCAACUUCAUAGUGUGCACUUUCAACACCCUGUGAAGUUCAUAAAAAUUUACUUAAUCUGUAGCCUAAUAAAAUGCAUAGUUUCCCUGAGUUGUAGUGGGAGGACCAGACACCAUAUAAUCGCAUGACUCCAGGUUUGCUUCGAUAUGAUGGUUAUUAUAUCAGUAUUUGCGCAUAAAGGAAACCGCCAUUUCUCGCAUAAUACAUUUUACCGACACAAAGAUCCCACCAUGUCGAAUGAACAAAUGAUCUGUUAGCAUUUUAUAAAAUUGUACCGAAACUUCCUGUCUCCAUCACAACUGUCGUGUUUAAAAAAAAAUACGGUAUGACUUCAUUCGUAUGGAAACAUGGUUACUGACCAUAAUCCAUUGCGCAUCUACUUGUCCGGUCUGUUUUUCUUUUAUGCCUGCUAUGAAAGAGAGACGAAUGCGUGAUCAUGAGGGGAUAUAGAGAGCAGCUAUUGCUUCGCCAGGUAUCUCUACCUGAAAAUACACGAUCUAAGUGAUUGAUAGUUAGUAUUCAAAGUCAUAAAAGUAGACCUGAUUUACUUUGAAGAACUACAAAAUAGAGAUGAGAUGGUGACUUGGAAUGAAAUAAUAAAGCCAUCAAAUAAAACAAAUAUAAUAUACACAACUGAAAUAUUUUAUUAAAGUAAUGUGAAUAAAAUAUGGUUAAUAAGUGAUAAGCAGUAAUGGGCAGUCACUACCAUCAUGGGACUUUUAUUAAUUGCUUUAUUCUGUGUUACAGCAUUCAACCCAAAUAAUCAAAAUCGAAAACUGUGAUUUAUUUUUUAAAGAAUCAAACCGAACAGACUUCAAAAAGAACUAAUCGCUCAGCACUAAGUGUUAUUAAAUUGACUUUCAGUACGCUGAUCUGUAUAUCGGUUUGUACUUCCGGUUUUUAUUUUCAAUACUGAUGCAAUUCGCACAGUGACAAACACUUGCACAAUAUGGCAAACACUUCCAGCUGAUUGCGAGGAAACGUCCUUUGGUGGACUACUUUCGGUUACAUUCGACUAUGGUUACAUAUUGUGCAUCACGUGCAAUGAGUCAAGAUUGAAAAUACAAGCGACAACCUACCGGUGCCUCAGAAGGUCGGGUAAACAACACUUUCCUGUGAAGACCCUAUCUACACCUCCUACCGCCAAAAGGACCAACAGCAUGUACAACAGGUAAGGUAACCUCAAAUGUCAUUCUAUUCAACAUUCUGGCUUAUAGAGACUUAGUCGUGUCAAGAUUCGAUUCCACUGGGAAUCGACUCUUAAUAUUCAGUAUUUUUGGAAUGAAAGAUACUGAGUAGUUGCCGUAAGCUACUUCCGAGAACACACUCUCGCGUCUUUUACAUUAAAGAAGAGCGAGUUAGCGAGGGAAAGGGGAGGGGCACAGCCAGACAUAGGUAGGCAAGUCGGCCACCAGGCAGACAGUCGGACAGUCAAUGUCUCGCAAGUUCACUAAAGUAAGUAGGGGCUAUCAAUGAGUAGGCUACCGUAAACACACACUCGCAUCUUUUAUAGCGAAGAGAAAGAGCAGGCGACCCAGCAAGGGAGAGAGGAGGGGAAGGCAGACAGUUGGAACUGCGCGCAUAGGCUAGGCCUAUAUCGUGAUAAUCUGUAUCUCGCAAUGCCUCGUAAAUUCACCACAAGUAUAUUAAAGUAUAGAUUAGGCUAUCAAUGAGUAUGGCUAAACUACUCUACAUUGUGCCAGUGAAUUGAAGUUGAACAAAUGUGUCAAUUUAAUUAGGCCUAAAUGUGCACUAAAAAGUAUUGUGCCUAUAGAUUAUGUAAUGAAACCCUGGCUGUUUUUGUCCUAGGCAAUAGAUCGCAAAGCAGGGCAUCCCCGAUUUCCCCCCACUGAGCCUUACCUCAUUUACAUAAGUAUUCAGCCUUUGCUUUGAGACUAGAAAUUGAGCUCAAGUCCAUCCUGUUUCCAUUGAUCAUCCUUGAGAUGUUUCUACAACUUGAUUGGAGUCCACCUGUGGUAAAUUCAAUUGAUUGGACAUGAUUUGGAAAGGCACACACCUGUCUAAAUAAGGUCCCACAGUUGACCGUGCAUGUCAGAGCAAAAACCAAGCCAUGAGGUCGAAGGAAUUGUCCGUAGAGCUUCGAGACAGGAUUGUGUCGGCACAGAUCUGGGAAGGGUACCAAAAAAUGUCUGCAGCAUUGAAGGUCCCCAAGAACACAGUGGCCUCCAUCAUUCUUAAAUGGAAGAAGUUUGGAACCACCCAGACUCUUCCUAGAGCUGGCCAAACAGCAAUCAGGGGAGAAGGGCCUUGGUCAGGGAUGUGGUCACUCUGACAGAGCUCCAGAGUUCCUCUGUGGAGAUGGGAGAACCUUCCAGAAGGACAACCAUCUGUGCAGACGAAUAAUACACUGAAUUUGUACAUUUUCAGUCAUUUAAAUUUUAAACACAAUACUACAACACAUUUUUACAAUUUGGGAGGUAAACUCCAUAAAGUAUUCUAUAAUUUUGCUGUGUAUUUCGGAUGGAAUCAAGGCAUUAGAAUGUGCCAGAUGCCACCAAAAUAGAGCUUGUUCAGCAAAACAUUCUUAACCUGGGGGUCUGGCUACUUUUUCUAUUUGGCUGGCUACUCCAUGUGCUUGUGGAAAACAGUGUUCUUUAACUUUAUUUUUGGUUGAGAUUAUUUGAAUCAAACAUAUUAAUGAUUAACUUGAAGAUUACAUUUGAAAUCAACCAAAGUUUGAAACCCUAGGCCUACAAUGCAUUCGGAAAAUAUUCAGACCCCUUGACUUUUUCCACAUGUUACGUACAGCCUUAUUCUAAAAUUGAUAGUUUUUCCCCCCUCAAUAAUCAACACACAAUACCCCAUAAUGACAAAGCAAAAAUAGGUCUUUCAUGCGAAUAUUCUAAAAUACGCAUUAAGAAUAUAUACGCAUUUUCCCACCAGUGGUGUUUCUGCCUAACUGACUUGUUGCAGAUAAAAAUGUGUGCGUGAUGAUGUAGUGCACACUAAAUUUAAAGUUUUCAUGUACAGAAUAAAAAUCUAAAGUUCAAUGUGUUUAUAUCACAUUUUCAACUCUACCGAUAGUUUUGUCACAAAAACAUUUGUGUUAAAUAGAAAUUGUGCCUACUUUGGUCUUGGCAGUUGCACUCUAGCCAACCGCUCACAAAACGAUCCCACCAUGUCGAAAAAAAACAAGUGAUCUGUCAGCAUUUAUAAAAUUGUACCGAAACUUCCUAUUUCCAUCAUAGCUGUUGUGAUUUUUUUAAAAUAUGGAAUGACUUUACUUGCAUAAAAAAAUGUGGGUAGUGUCCAUUUUUUUCUGAUAGUGGAUUUAACAUUGAAGAACUGACGUUGUUUCAAAGGUACAAAUUAAACGUUUUAUACAUGGUUUGUCUAUGUGGAAAAUUCGUUACAAUGAUGACAUAAUCCUGUGGUUGAAAUUCGACCCUCAAAACAGUUGAUGACUUUUUUCUAAACCAAAUGCAUUUUCCACUUAGAUUCCACGUCACAAUAUGUUGACAAAUUAUGUUGAUUCAACCAGUUUGUGGGUAGUAACUAGACUAUUCAAAUAUGAUGCAUUCGCAAUCUAUUCAGCUCCCCAAUGUCAUGUAGCUUCACUUGCUUGUCUCUGCUGACAAUCACUGGAUUUCAAAACUGGUUUUACUUGAGUUUUAGAUUAUUUAUUUGAUUCACCCAUUAAUAUUUUGUCUUGAUCUGGCCCAGCCAAUCCAAUUAAAGUUUCUGUCAUGUAGUUAAUUAUUUCUCCAGUUUGACAGGAGGUUGGAUGUCUCCAUUUUUAUUUCAGGACUGAUAACACAGAAUAACGUGGUCCUCUGUAGCUCCAAUUGGUAGAGCAUGGUGCUUGUAACGCCAGGGUAGUGGGUUCGAUCCCUGGGACCACCCAUACGUAGAAAUGUAUGCAUACAUGACUGUAAGUCGCUUUGGAUAAAAGCAUCUGCUAAAUGGCAUAUUAUAUUAUAUAUUAUUAAUAAAGAGGAAUCCAUUAUGUUGUCUGUCUGUCCAGUGCCCCUUUUAUAUUGUACUACUGGUGACCCUCUAAUGAAAGCAGUGCAAUGUUAAAAGGGCAUUGGCCAGGGAUUAUUCCCAAGGAGGUUUUGCAAGGUGUAGCUGUGAACCUUUGCUCAACAAAGCUGUUUGCAGGUGCUCUGACUUCAUUGCACUACUGUAUUGGACAGCUAGCAGUGCAAUAGUAUUGUCAAAGCAUCUGAAAGCAGCAAAGACCACUUUUGGACAAAAGAAUCCGCAAAACAUGUAUGACAAUGUGGCGAAAGCUGCCACACUCCUCACCAAGGGGGGAAUUCAGACCCGAGUUAAUCGCUUAAAUGGAACUUUAUUCCCUUUUCUCUUUACACGUAUUCUGACCUUGAACGCAUGGGAAAACUCAUGUCAGCCAGUUAUUCGUUUGGGGUGGAGAUCAAUCUGCUAUUGUACACUUUUCUCCCUUUCCUAUAUUUCAUGAAUUGAACAAUUUGAAUAUGGUAACGUUCACGGUGAAUCAAACCACUAUUUUUGAUUCACCAAUAUAUUUUGUGCGUAAAGGCUUUCCAACCGUGUUUUAUGUAUGAUUCAUGAAUACUUUCCCAACCCUAAAUAAUCUACAAGAUCAGAGUAUUUUUAAAUCUACCAAUUGGUGCUGAAAGGAAACUAAUAUGUGUGUAUUUAGAUGGCUUUCUUUCAUUGAUCCCUAUUCUGAACCCGUUCUCCACGUAUAUUCUAGUGAGUCUGUCAAAUUCAAAUUAAAGGUACAUCGUAUUUAAAAGGAUGGCUUUAGAUAAAUGUACUGAAAACCCAUUUGAAUGAAAACUGUUGGCCAGCAAGUGGGAGAGUUUUCAGCCGUUGAAUUAAAUGUAUUCAGUGCGCGCAAGGGAGUCACACCUGCAAAGCCCAUUGCGCACCUGCAUAAGGUAAGUCUGAAUACCGACUACUGAGAAGUGCUUAACUCAAAACGAAUCGGGCCCCAAGUGCAUAAUUAUUGGCACUCUAGGGUUGACUGAAACACUAUGGUAUGUGCUGUAUAACAGUGCACCCCAAGGAACGGCUGUGCAUAUAAUUAGGAAUUAGAACUCUAGAAUAGGCAUUGGCGGGAUGUGGGGGGGUGGGUUGUUUUAUCAAAAUGUUUGUGUAAUUUCAUAAAAAAAUCUGCAAUGAAGAUCAAUAGUCUUAUUAAUUCAGGCCGAGUCCAAAUGAGCAAUAAUCUUACUCUUCACGUCAUUCCCUCACCUGCAAUCUAUCAAAGCAAGUCUGGAACUUUUGUCCCCAUCAGUCAGCUUCCAUUUCUUAUUAGGAGGAGGAUCUACCUAAACUUCCAAAAAUAAACACUUAUUUGUAUUUAAAUGUUUUCUCUUUCGUACCUUCUGAAUAUGUUUUCUGUUACGUGCCUACUGAACUCAACCCUGAUUAUUAUUAUUUUUAAUCACUCCAUUUUGACAAAAUAACAAGCAUUCGAUUGCUCCCAAGUCCUGAAACUCUUAUCAGGAUUGUCUCUGCUGUCCACUUUGAGUAGUGCAAUGUUGCUUAUAGGGUUUCAGUGUUUGUGUUAAAGCCUCAUAGAAGGCACUGUGCGUCUCAAUACUAUUUCAUGCACCUUUCGGGAGGCAACAGUUUUGUGGCCGAAGUAUUCAAAAGAUGUGACUGAUCCUUUCGCUCAUUUUGUUCAUGUUCAUAGUUAUGACAGAUCUGUACACGCAAUGAUUUUCUGUGUGUAAUAAUGAUUGUGUAAGGCUUGUAGUACACUAAACCAACUGUCCUUUCAGUUCCAGAAGGCAGAGGCUGACAUGGAGUACAUGGAGAAGCGGUUGAGACUGGACUUCCUGACUAAUACUCCAGAGAACAGUGCAGCAGAGGUGAAUACAUGAACACCACAGUACUUAGUUACAAAACAUGUCCUCAGAACAGACCAACAGACAAGUCACCCAACACUUUUCCACUCCAUCCACAAAAGGCAAUGCUACAGUAUCUUAAUAAAUCUCUGAACUUCUGCCAUGAAGACAGUGUAGCCAACAUUCUGUUAAAUCAAUAUCUGACUCACGUUGUGCUCGUGACCACAGGAAAACCCUGUGAAGCUACUGGAGAACCUGUCAGCCAUCAAGGCGAGGCAUGCGGCCCUGUGUACACAAGUGCAGGAGAUCGCAGCCGAGCAGAAGCAAUCAAUGGACUCCAUACGAGUGCACCUCGACACCACUGUGCAGCUAGUGCAACAGUUACAGCAGACUGCUGACGUAGAGGUAGACUAUUCCCUCUACGUACAUCCGACAAGGUCAACCAACCCUUUUCAAUGUUAAAGGGUGGUUAAAUCAUGUGCAAUUCAGAAUUUAUAUUUGUACUAAUACUGUUUUGUAGGUUCCAACACUGACUGAGACGGAGCAGGAGUCUGCAAAGUUCCUUGGUUUAUCAGUCAAUCAAAACACAAUGGAGGUAAGUCAAUUUGCUGGAGCUAAGGUGCGUUGCGUACAGGAGCAGAGCGUGUGGCGAAACGAUAUUUCACAGACGUCAUUCUGUGUAACACUGACAUUGUAUGGGCACUACUUUUGAUUGUCCAAUUUUACGGCCCAUGCUAUUCAGAGAAAUACAGUGGGGGAAAAAAGUAUUUAGUCAGCCACCAAUUGUGCAAGUUCUCCCACUUAAAAAGAUGAGGGAGGCCUGUAAUUUUCAUAAUAGGUACACGUCAACUAUGACAGACAAAAUGAGGAAAAAAGUCCAGAAAAUCACAUUGUAGGAUCUUUAAUGAAUUUAUUUGCAAAUUAUGGUGGAAAAUAAGUAUUUGGUCAAUAACAAAAGUUUCUCAAUACUUUGUUAUAUACCCUUUGUUGGCAAUGACACAGGUCAAACGUUUUCUGUAAGUCUUCACAAGGUUUUCACACACUGUUGCUGGUAUUUUGGCCCAUUCCUCCAUGCAGAUCUCCUCUAGAUCAGUGAUGUUUUGGGGCUGUCGCUGGGCAACACAGACUUUCAACUCCCUCCAAAGACUUUCUAUGGGGUUGAGAUCUGGAGACUGGCUAGGCCACUCCAGGACCUUGAAAUGCUUCUUACGAAGCCACUCCUUCGUUGCCCGGGCGGUGUGUUUGGGAUCAUUGUCAUGCUGAAAGACCCAGCCACGUUUCAUCUUCAAUGCCCUUGCUGAUGGAAGGAGGUUUUCACUCAAAAUCUCACGAUACAUGGCCCCAUUCAUUCUUUCCUUUGCACAGAUCAGUCGUCCUGGUCCCUUUGCAGAAAAACAGCCCCAAAGCAUGAUGUUUCCACCCCCAUGCUUCACAGUAGGUAUGGUGUUCUUUGGAUGCAACUCAGCAUUCUUUGUCCUCCAAACACGACGAGUUGAGUUUUUACCAAAAAGUUAUAUUUUGGUUUCAUCUGACCAUAUGACAUUCUCCCAAUCCUCUUCUGGAUCAUCCAAAUACACUCUAGCAAACUUCAGACGGGCCUGGACAUGUACUGGCUUAAGCAGGGGGACACGUCUUUCACUGCAGGAUUUGAGUCCCUGGCGGCGUAGUGUGUUACUGAUGGUAGGCUUUGUUACUUUGGUCCCAGCUCUCUGCAGGUCAUUCACUAGGUCCCCCCGUGUGGUUCUGGGAUUUUUGCUCACCGUUCUUGUGAUCAUUUUGACCCCACGGGGUGAGAUCUUGCGUGGAGCCCCAGAUCGAGGGAGAUUAUCAGUGGUCUUGUAUGUCUUCCAUUUCCUAAUAAUUGCUCCCACAGUUGAUUUCUUCAAACCAAGCUGCUUACCUAUUGCAGAUUCAGUCUUCCCAGCCUGGUGCAAGUCUACAAUUUUGUUUAUGGUGUCCUUUGACAGCUCUUUGGUCUUGGCCAUAGUGGAGUUUGAAGUGUGACUGUUUGAGGUUGUGGACAGGUGUCUUUUUUAUACUGAUAACAAGUUCAAACAGGUGCCAUUAAUACAGGUAACGAGUGGAGGACAGAGGAGCCUCUUAAAUAAGUUGUUACAGGUCUGUGAGAGCCAGAAAUCUUGCUUGUUUGUAGGUGACCAAAUACUUAUUUUCCACCAUAAUUUGCAAAUAAAUUAAUUUAAAAUCCUACAAUGUGAUUUUCUGGAUUUUUUUUUUCUCAAUUUGUCUGUCAUAGUUGACGUGUGUACCUAUGAUGAAAAUUACAGGCCUCAUCUUUUUAAGUGGGAGAACUUGCACAAUUGGUGGCUGACUAAAUACUUUUUUCCCCCACUGUAUAUAAAGCUUUACUGCUCAGGAUUUCUCAACUCUUUCCUUCAGUGGAAUGUUAUGGUCGUCUUGUAAUAUGCCAGUAUUACAAUAUAUUGUAAUAUAACUGUAAUAUGCCAAUGUUUGUCUGUUAACAGGUACCAAUGUCUACGGAGCCUCCAGCCCAAGAGCAGCCUCAGUGUAAGUAAUGGUUAAACCCAAGUCUCCCCUCUGCAUAUAUCUUAUAGACACAAACCCCUAUUGAAGUCAUUUGUAACCAACAUAUUAUCUACAUAGCUGAAUUGGAGCAUUUAUAUUGAUACUUUAACAGCCAACAAUGACACAAAACAUUCCUCUUCAAGGAAUCCAUGUGAAACCCAAAAAGGGCUCAUGACUCUACAGACAGGAAUAUGGCGACUGAAGCCAAUGUGAGCGCUCUCUGUCCACAGCCUCGAGGGAAGGCGAGUUUGAGGAGCUGAGUGAAGCCACACUGGAGGCCGUGCCGUGCAGCGUGCGCUCCAACGUCAAGCUGGCCAACCUCAAUGCCUUCUACAAGCAGCUGCAUGAGUACUUCUCCUUCAGAAAAAACAGGUCAGACGAGUCACGUUCAUGCUGAGAUGCAUAUACCUUUACACAGAAACUCCCAGUUGUCAAGGCAAAACCAGCAGCAGGAAUGUCCUAAUUGUUUUUAUGCUGAACAGUUAACUGCUGGACCAGAGUCAGUCCCCAUGUCAUAUGAAUGUUUAGUAAGUUGUAGGCAUUUUGUGGAAGUUCACGCAAGUUCUAACUUUGCCACUCUUUCUCCCAGUGGAGCACUCAGUUUGCAGAAGAUGAAGCAGAUGAACAUGAACGUUAGCGACGCCAAGCUGAAGACGUUGCAGCACCUCUCUCGCAUUGAGCUGGACAAGAAAGGGCAUGUUCGUCUGCUAAUAUGAGACUGAGGAACCGGAGGAACCGAGACUAAAAUAUUAGACCCCACAGCACUGAGUAUGAGAUGACUGUAUGAGUGACUGAUUCUGCCCAUCUCUCCUUGUCCCUUUGCUAGGCAUAUUAGCCUCAUUGAAGGGUUUUCAGUUGAAUCCUCAUUCCUACAUAUGCUGUGGUUAGAUUUCAUUUGCUAGAUAAAACAUUUUUUAUGACACCAAAUAAUCUUAUUUUAGAAGGAAUUGACACACCGGAAGCAAGAAUUCCAGAUGGAAUCAAGUCACCACAUGUUUCUAGGGUGCUGUAAGUGGAAGGUGGUUGGGCCGUAUUGUAAAUUAAGGUGCACUAUUUUUGUAAAGAGUUUGAUGUUGGAUAAGUAGGUAGGGUUUUAUGGCUAAUGUAUCAAUCGUACCACUGACUUAACUGUAAAGCUUGUAUCGAGUGUCAAUGUAUUUUAUGAUCCUUCAUUAAAUUGAAAUAUUCCUUCUGCCCAGGGAUACACUCAAUCAAAAAUGUAUUUAACAAGGAGUGCAAACAUGUAUUAGCAUCUCAACGUACAGUUUAAAGUCUCUUUCUACCAAAUAUGUAAAACAAUUACAUAAAAUGAAUCCAUAAAAGCUUAAAAUGCAGAUGCAAACAAACCAUUACAUUACAUUGGUUGAUUUAAGUUUGUUUUGGUAUUGGUCAAAUCUGAUCUAUGGGUAAUGCACUAGGGCAGGGUGAAAUUACAAUAGAUAACACAUGAAUACAUUAACAGUAAUGAUGGUACAUUUUAUUAACUAUAUUAAUAACAGUAAUGAUAAUUUAACUAAGCUUUGACGAGCACUGAAUACACACCAAUGCCCCUUGAACAGCUUAACAGGAACACAGAACUCCAGUCAUAGACACUUAAGAUAAAUUAAUGACUUCAACAAUACAUAAUGAGAAUUUAAAAUAUAAUAUUUCUAAUGUUUCGAAAGAACUCGCAAGAUAAAAUGCAUACGUUAUCAAAAUUCCAGCACCAAAGAAUACAUGUAUUAUCAUGCCACGUGUUCAUGUGCUUAAAGGCAAUACUUUUUACCACCAAAAAGAUCAAUUUUCAAACAGGUGAGUGAAUUGUAGUGACAGAGCUUGAGAGGAUCUGC